AUGGACGCGGAGGGCCUCGCCUUGCAGUUGAGGCGUUUGCUGAAGGAGUUGCCUACACCGGUGAGGCAAAUGGGAACCUGGAAGGUGAAACGAGAGCUGCUGCUGCCUGGCGACGUCGCAAACUUUUGGACAGGGCACAGUCCUCGUCACUUCGUGGUGAGCAUUGCAGCCGCCAUCGGGAUAUCAAAGGACCGGCGUGACUAUCUGGGGCGAUGGGCGUAUGCUCAACAUGGGUCACAGGAUUACGUCCUCACUUCGCGUCAGGUGGUCCAGGCGAUCCAGACCACUGUUUGCAAGACACUGCUAUUGGGGGGCGAUGGAGGCGGUUACAUUGAGGAGGAGCUGCUUUGCACUUUAAGGAGUUUUGCUGAUGACCUUGGAUUGAAUGGCGAGGAGAUCGUCGGCGCAAAUACGGUGAUGCAAUGGGAUGGACACAAACAGACCUGGCUGCUGGGGGGACAAUAUCCUGCUUUUGCUGUGAACCCGGAGAGGGUUCCGAUUGCCGAAGGGGAGCUCGAGGCGAAGCUCCCUGGAGAAUAUGAGGCUUUUGAAGCAGAGCCGGACGAGGACGAGGUUCUGUGA